AGUGCAUGGGGCGGGAGGGCGCCCGGGGAGCGGGACAGCGGUUCUCCGUACCGGCGAGGGGCAGGGCCGAGGGGCGGCCGCUCCCUGUGCGCCCGAGGGCAUCUCCGGAGGGUCGACGGCGGCGCCAGUGCAUGCGUCCGGCGGGCGGGAGGGCGCCGGGUCGGCAGCGCGGUGGGGCCGAGCGGGGGCGGAGGAAAGUGAUGAGAAGUUGAGGGAGGACGGAGCGAGGUGCCCUCUCCUCUCCUCGGCUCGCACCGCAGGGACAGCCCGGCAGCGCGGCAGGUGCAGCGGAGCCGGGGCGGAGGGUACAGGCGGGCCCGGCGCUCCCGGCGCCGCAGCGGAGGGGCUCCAGCGGGAGCAGGGCCUCACCUCAGGCCGGGCCGGACAGAGCCGCGCGCCCCGCUCGGCUGAAGGGGAAGAGCUGCAGCAGAGCCCCGAGCGGCGGCUCGCCCCGGUCCUCGGCUUAUUACCAGAGGCAGCGACGCGGAGAAACGGCCCCCGAGGAGAGAGCGGCGCUGCCCUGAGCGGGGCUCGAAGGGAGGAGAUCUGAUUUGGGCGCCACACCUGGGAGGCACGGCCGCGUGACGCACGGCCGCGAGGCGGGAGCGGUCCCUCACCACAGCGGGCAGCGCGGGCCGAGGCCAACCGACGGCCGCCGCGCCCGGCAGGUGUCCUCCCCGCCCGGAGCUGGAACGGGCCGCUAACGCCUGCCGCCGUCCGUGCUGUUCCGAGGCCGAGGGGACGCGCUGGGGAAAAGUUUGGAGAGCGAACUAUGAAGCCGUACACUCCAGUUUUCAUCCUCCUGUGGAGCGCUGUUGGGAUAGCAAGGGCUGCCAAAAUUAUUGUUGUGCCGCCAAUUAUGUUUGAAAGCCAUCUUUAUAUUUUCAAGACUCUGGCCUCAGCCUUGCACGACCAAGGUCACCAGACAGUGUUUCUCCUCUCUGAGGGCAGAGAGAUUCCUCCAUCUAAUCACUAUAGACUUCAGCGCUACCCAGGGAUCUUUAACAGCAGCACAUCAGAUGACUUUCUCCAGUCCAAGAUGAGGAGUAUCUUCUCUGGGAGACUGACGGCCCUGGAACUGUUCGACAUCCUAGACCACUAUUCAAAGAACUGCGACAUGAUUGUUGGCAACCAAAACCUCAUGCGUACCCUGAAACAGGAAAAGUUUGACCUGCUCCUGGUAGAUCCCAAUGAGAUGUGUGGAUUUGUUAUAGCUCACCUUUUAGGGGUUAAGUACGCCGUCUUUUCCACUGGCCUCUGGUAUCCAGCAGAAGUGGGUGCUCCAGCACCGCUCUCUUACGUUCCAGAGUUUAACUCACUACUUACAGAUCGCAUGAACCUAUUUGAGAGGAUGAAAAAUACUUUUGUUUAUCUUAUUUCAAGAUUUGGAGUCAGCUUUUUGGUUCUGCCAAAAUAUGAAAGGAUAAUGCAGAAGCACAAGGUUCUGCCAGAACGAUCUAUGUAUGACUUGGUUCACGGAUCCAGCCUGUGGAUGCUUUGUACUGAUAUAGCACUGGAGUUUCCAAGACCAACGCUACCGAAUGUCGUUUAUGUGGGAGGAAUCCUAACCAAACCGGCCAGCCCUCUGCCAGAAGAUCUCCAAACAUGGGUGAACGGUGCUAAUGAAAAUGGCUUUGUCCUCGUGUCGUUUGGAGCUGGAGUGAAAUACCUGUCAGAGGACGUUGCAAACAAGUUAGCACAUGCUCUGGCAAGACUGCCACAGCGAGUUAUUUGGAGGUUUUCAGGAAACAAACCAAGGAAUCUAGGCAACAAUACAAAGCUUAUAGAAUGGUUACCACAAAACGACCUUCUUGGUCACCCUAACAUUAAAGCUUUUCUUAGUCAUGGCGGUUUGAACAGCAUUUUUGAAACCAUGUAUCAUGGGGUUCCAGUGGUGGGAAUUCCCCUUUUUGGAGACCAUUACGAUACUAUGACUCGAGUGCAGGCCAAAGGCAUGGGAAUAUUGUUGAACUGGAAGACUGUCACUGAGAGUGAAUUAUAUGAAGCACUAGAAAAAGUUAUUAAUGAUCCCAGCUACAGGCAACGGGCUCAGAGGCUGUCUGAAAUUCACAAAGACCAACCUGGUCAUCCUGUUAACCGGACUGUGUACUGGAUUAACUACAUCCUCCGUCACAAUGGAGCGCAACAUCUACGUGCUGCUGUUUACAGCAUCUCUCUAUAUCAGUAUUUCUUACUGGAUAUUGCCUUUGUUGUAUUAGUGGGUGCUGCCUUAUUUUAUUAUAUUUUGGCCAAGCUAACAAAAUUUAUCCGCAAACAAAGCAAACAUAUUUGGUCAAAUGAUGAACAUAGCACUGUUAAUGGACAUUACCAGAAUGGGAUACCAAAUGGCAAGCAUAGAAGAAAUGGCCACAUUAAGCAUGAAUAAAAGGUGAAAUGAGCCAACCCCUCAUGUAAAGUAAUUGAGUUUUAUCGCUGUAACUUAGUCUAACAAGUACUUAAAACAUCAAUAAGCAGUUCUAACACUCCCCUUCAGUAUGUAAUAAUAUGUGACAAAAUUCUAUGGAACUAAGGAACGUAUUUAAAAAAAAAAUGAAAAAAAAACCAAGCACAACCUAAAACGGAAAUAUUUUAUUCUUAAUACCAAUGCAGAAAGGUUAUUUUGGCACUGAAGUUUUUAGAAGCCUUAAUCCUCUAAAGUUAUAUAAUGAUCAUAUUUAUGAAUUUUCAGUUUUUUAAAGCUAAAUGUGUGUGUCCCAAAUGAGGAAAGGUCUCUUUUUAUUUGCAGAGGUUUUUUUCCCUUUUAUUUUUUUAUUAUUAUAUCCAUCUUUAGAUGAGAGAACUUAGUGCUAGCUCUGUGUUUCAUAUGUUGAAGGUUCAAUAUGUGUAAGAAUGCUCUUUAAAAAAAAAAAAUUCC